GCCUCCCAGGGCCCAACCCACAGCCAGCGAGCUCCGAUGCUCAGAGAGGCAGGAAACGGGGCCAGCCAGGGGGACUCGAGAGCGGCUGCACUUUCCUGUCCCCCGCCGAGGAGAGCGGAGGAGCAGCGGCCCGUGGCCUGGCGAGUUUCCCCGGAGAGGAGCCGGAUUCCGGUGCAGGGACGGAGCGAGGAGUCCGAGCAGGGCAGCGUACAAAUGGAAGAGAAGGGGCCGAGGAGACCCAUUCAAAGGGCGAGACUGGAAUCCAAAGGGAAAAAAUCUGCUGCGGACCAACUUGGGACCGUCAGGGAUCUUCUGCCUCAGGAAGAUUUACGUCAAAUUAAGCAGGAGGCUGAGGAGGGGCAGCCGCAGCAGCACUGGGAUGCCCAGUGGCAGGAUUUCCUGAAGACGAUGCAGCCCCCUCAUUCACGGUGGGAAACCCCACAGGCUCCCAGUCCUCCCCACUCUGGGGAUGGUGUCCUCCCGGCCUCCUUCAGGGGAGCUGCAGAUGCCAGUCGGUGGCCCAGUGGGAGAGCAGGGGGGACAGACCAGACCCUGCCAGACCUGAGUGGGGAGGCACACGAGGAAGGAGGGGAGCAGAUUUCCUCUGUGAAAGUGAAGGAGGAGAUCCUGGACGAGGAGGAAGAAGACGCCAACAUGAGGUUGGAGAUGGAGCGGCAGAGCUUCCGGCGGUUCUGCUACCAGGAGGCCGAGGGGCCCCGAGAGGCCUGGCUUCGGCUCCAGGAACUUUGCUCCCGGUGGCUGAAGCCAGAGAGGCGCACCAAGGAAGAGAUCGUGGAGCUGCUGGUCCUGGAGCAGUUCCUGGCCAUCCUGCCUGCGGAAAUGCAGAGCUGGGUCAAGGGAUGCAGGCCAGAGACCUGCGCCCAGGCGGCGGCCCUCGCUGAGGACUUCCUGCUGCAGCUGCAAGACACCGAGGGGCUUCCGGGAAAGGUGUCUUGGCCUGCAGAAGAUAUUGCUAAUUCCCCAAAGUCCGAACAAGAUCUGUUUGACACAGCAAACAUUCAUCUCUCUGCAGAGGCUGAGGAGGAGAGUGAAGAGGAGGCCAGCUUUCUGGGCAGCGACCAAGCGUAUGAGAAUGGGGGCGAGUCUUUCCCCUUUGAAAGGCACCCACAAGUGGGCAUCAGCGGAGUGUCCUUGGCAAGACUCAACGGGAAAUUUUUCCAGGUUUGUGGGUUGGGAGAGAUGCCAAGGGAUCAACAGAGUCAAGGAAGCCACCGGGAGAACUCGGCAGAGGUCCAAGCUUUUAUUUGUGAUGAGAGCAACAGAGGAGGCACCUUCCCCGAGGGAAGCCAGAAGGCGAAGAGGAAAAGGACAGGCCCUGACUGGGGCAGCGUUUUGCGCCGGAGCUUCGAUUUCCCUCGGAAUCAGAAGAUGCAGAAGCUAUACACGUGCACCUACUGCGGGAAGAUCUCCAACAACAGCGCGCACAUGAUUAUCCACGAGAGGACCCACACCGGGGAGAAGCCGUACAAGUGCUCAGAGUGCGGCAAGUGCUUCAGCACCAACUGCAACCUUAUGAAGCACACGAGGGUCCACACGGGCGAGAAGCCGUACAAAUGCUCGGACUGCGGGCGAAGCUUCAGCGACAAGGCCUCCCUUAUCGUACACGAGAGAACCCACACGGGAGAGAAGCCUUACGAGUGUCCGAUGUGCGGGAAAAGCUUCACCUCCAGCUCCAACCUCAUCACUCACAAAAGGGUCCACACGGGGGAGAAGCCGUAUAAGUGCUCCGAGUGCGGACAGAGCUUUGUCCACAGGCCCCAGCUCGUCAUCCACAUCCGGACGCACACGGGAGAGAAGCCGUACGAGUGCCUGGAGUGCGGCAAGAGCUUCAAUCAGAAAGCAGACCUCAUUAUACACGGGCGAACCCACACCGGGGAGAAGCCGUACGAGUGUGCGGAGUGUGGGAAAAGCUUCAUCUCGAGCUCUUACCUCCGGAAACACGAAAGGCUUCACACGGGGAAGAAAACCCAAGCUGGGGAAGAAACCCACAAGUGCAGCUACUGCAGGAAGAGCUUCAUCAGCCGGUCCAAGCUUCUCAUCCACGAGAGAACGCACACGGGAGAGAAACCCUUUGAGUGCGCCGAGUGUGGGAAAAGCUUCAGCACGAGCUCCAACCUCGUCAAUCACAAGAGGGUGCACACGGGAGAGAAGCCCUAUCAGUGCAUGGAUUGUGGGCAGAAGUUCAGCACGAACUCCAACCUUGUCAACCACAGGAGGGUUCACACAGGCGAGAAGCCCUACGAGUGCUCAGAUUGCGGGCAGAGCUUCGGCCACAAAGCAUCCCUUAGACGACACAAGAGAAUCCACUCGAGAGAGACCACCUCCCAAAGCCACCUUCCCCUCCUCCUUUCUUUUUUAAUUGAAAAACUCCCGCCCCCCCCUUUGGAUUUCUUAUCCUUGGAGCCAUUAGGGGGCUGCUGCCAAGGGCGAGCAAUGCGAAGCCUGCCUGAAGCAGGAAUAAAAAUAGAGGAGCAAGACCUGAAAAUGGAGGAGCAAGACCCGCAGGGCUGGGAAUCUCAGUGGCAGAAGGUUUUGCCACUGCAGAUGCAGGCCCCAUUUUCAGGGUGGAAAAGCUUGCAGGUGCCUCAAGAGGUGUCCAUGGGAGAUCAUAAGGAUACCCAGGUCUCUUUCAGCAGGUGGCCUAGUAGAAGGGAAGAUUCUCCUGUGGAAGUGAAGGAAGAGAUUCUGGAUGAGGACGCUGCCAGCUUGGAGAUGCGGCGCCAAAGCUUCAGGCAGUUCUGCUACCUGGAGACUGACGGCCCUCGAGACGUGUGCAGUCAUCUCCAGGAACUCUGCUGUCGGUGGCUGAAGCCAGACAGACACACCAAGGAGCAGAUCGUGGACCUGGUGGUUCUGGAGCAGUUCCUGACCAUCCUGCCCCAGGAGAUGCAGAGCUGGGUCUGGGAACGUGGUCCGGGGAACUGCACGGAGGCUGUGGCUCAGGUGGAGGAUUUCUUGAUGAAGAUCCACCGGGAGGCCAUGAGAACAGAACAAGAGAUGCCUGGCCUUUCAGAAGAAGGGCCUGUUAACUUGCCCACGUUGGAGCAGAAUUCGUCAACCACCAUGGAAAUCCAUCUCUUGCUGGAAGCCAAGCAAGAGGGCGAUGAUGGGGAGACCAAGUUGGUGGCAGGUGAUAUGAAAGUGAGGAUGAAGGAGGAGGAUCCCGAGCUGGAAGGACUUGACUGCAUGAACGUUGACACAACAUCCUUGAAAAGUGCUGAAGGCCUAUCCCUCCAGGCCACUGAGGAGGAAGUGAGGGAUAUAGGUCAGCAAAGACCCAUACGUCACCAGGAUGUCCAUCAGGGAACAGCAGCAGAACACACUGUUCAUCCCAAGGAAUGUGAUGAAAGGCCCCUCCAAGGGAGGGUUCAUGGGUGUAAGAGAGAAAAGAUGGCCUCUGACACUGGGAAAAGCCUCUCCCAGAACUUGGUCCUUCUCAAUCGUCAGAGGAUGCAGAAGGGAGAAAAGCCCUUCAAAUGCUCAUACUGUGGGAAAAUCUCAAACGGAAGGACAAACCUGAUGAUACACGAGAGGACCCACACGGGGGAGAGGCCCUACGAGUGCUCAGCGUGCGGGAAAAGCUUCAGCACCACCUCGAACCUCAUAAACCACAAGAGGGUUCACACGGGGGAGAAACCAUAUACAUGCUUGGCUUGUGGACAAAGCUUCAGCCAUAACGCAUCCCUGAUAAGACACAGGAGGACCCACACGGGGGAGAAGCCGUACGAGUGCUCAGACUGCGGGAAAAGCUUCAUUCAGAAAGGAGAACUGAUUGCGCACAAGAGGACCCACACUGGGGAGAAACCGUACGAGUGUGCCGAGUGCAGAAGAAGCUUCAGCACCAGCUCUCACCUGAUAAGGCAUAAGAGAGUCCACAUGGGUGUGAAGCGAUGGAACUGCGUAGACUGCGGCAAAGGCUUCCAUCAGAAACUCAGCCUUAUGAAGCACAAGGGGACCUACACUGAGGAGAAAUAAUAAAAGUACAGAGCAAGGAUGAGGGAACCUGUGGUUCUCCAGAUGUUUGGGACUCCCACUCCCACCAGUCUAAGCUAGCAUGAUCCAAUGUUUGGGAAUGAUGGGAGUUGUAGUCCAGCAAUAUCUGGAGAGUCACAGGUUGCCCUAGAAUAUGGGUAGAGGGCUUCAGGUAGAAAUCCAUAUUGUCUUGUUUCCACGAUGGAGGUGGACAGAGGGAGGCUGUGAUCAGCAGCUCAGGAAUAGCUUGGUCCUUACAGUUUCUAAAAACAUACAAAUAAUGUGUGCAAACAUAACUUUCCCAAUCUUCUAACCGUGGUUGGAGAUCAAUAUCAUGCCACAGAUUCCCUCCCUGUCUCCUCUAUAGUACACCCUGCUUCCUUCCCUCAGUGGACUUAACCAAAACUCAAGAUUGUGGCUACCUGUAGCUCGUGUUAAUCAGGAUUUGCACACCUGCUGUAGCGGCAGCAAGACGUGUACACGUACAGUCAAUUAAAAGUUGGUUUCAUUCCAGAAAAAAACAUGCCACUUGUCCGGAGCUCUCUGCCCCCAUGACUUAUAGCUACCCUGAUGACGACUCAACUAAAUCCUCAGCGUUGUUUAUCUUACUCCGGAAACAAUGCACAAAAACAAAGCUCUUCCGUCGCUUCUGUGAUGUCAAUAUCCCCUUUUCUUGUACCCCUCCUCUUCUGUGUUCUUGCAUGCUGAGAGGUUUGCAAACUGGUUCGGGCAAGCUAUCGUCUGCUAAGUCCUGUGUUUCUCUGGACUGUGAGCUCCCCCCUGCCCUUUCCUCUGAUCUUCCCAUGACAAACCUCCCUUCGUACCCUGGGCUGCCGUCCAAGUCUGGCAGCUGCUGCUGUUUGCUUGCUGGCUCCAGCCUGACACCUGCUUAAGAUUCUGGUUGCAAAGUCUUGUCUGAAGAUAACCAUGGUUAGAAUUAGUGCUGUUGUCAAUGUAACACUGCACCAUGGUUAGCUCUUAAAAAAAAGGAGGAGGGGACAAGAAUUGUGGCGAAGGGGGAGAAGAUUUGGGUGAAUGGAGAGUCUGUGAGCACAUAUUUUGCAUCCCAAAUUAUGGGAGAAUGUUGCCGCUGGCACAGGCUGCUCUCUAUGCACACUCUCCUGAACAGACCUCAAAUAUUUAUAUUAUUUAUUUGAAAUAUUAACUGCCAAUAUAAAAAAAUAUGCCGUGAUGGUGAACCAUGCAAAAUCAAGAAUAAAUUUGCCUUCGAAAAUCUAAGUGCAAAUG